CUAGUGCGGUUGAGUGGCUACUUUUAUAAAUUGCAAAUAAAUAUUUUUUAUUUAUUAUUCAUCCAACAAAACGCAGACUUAAUAAAACUAGUUUAACUUAUUAAAAAAAAUAUAAUGGUAUUAUAACAGCCAAAUUUUAAGAAAGUAUUAAAUUUAUUCAACUAUUUUAAUAAGGAAACUCCAGUUACCCACGCAGAUAAAAUAAUAACGUGUAUUGUUCCUAUUCAGCUUUUGGGAAAGUUUACGAAACAAACAUGAAGUAUUUCUUAUUCUUUGAGGUACUGUUUUUUAUAUUUUUAAUGAAUGGAUCGAAUUGUGCCAAAAAACAGAAAACGUCUGUCGUAACCGGCAUUGUUGAUCUUAAAGAAUAUAAAAAAUUGUUGAGGACUAAGACAAAUGUGUUGAUGUUAUAUGUUAAUGCGCCGAAGGCAUCACAGAACAUACUGGAUGUGUUUCGGGAAACAGCUGAUAUAAUGAAGGGACAGGCAACCUUGGUCCAUCUGGAGUGCAAUAGCAGUGAGGGUAAAAAACUAUGCAAGAAAAUCAAGAUCCCAUUAGAUAAACCUUAUUUGCUGAAGCAUUAUAAAGAUGGUGACUUCCACAAGGAUUAUGACCGAGCUGAGACUGUGAACUCCAUGACUAACUUCCUCAGAGACCCAACAGGUGAUUUGCCUUGGGAAGAGGACCCCACAGCCACUGACAUAUUUCAUCUUCAAGAUGGGGAGGCUUUAUCAAAAUUUUUGAAAAGAGGAGCUGCUGCUUAUAAAAAGUCGCUAAUAAUGUUCUACGCCCCUUGGUGUGGCUACUGCAAGCAAUUGAAACCAGAGUAUGUGCUUGCGGCGGCUGAAUUAAAGGGUGAUGCAUUAUUAGCGGCAAUCGACGUAGCAAAACCAGGCAACUCUAAGAUCAGAUAUCUUUACAAUAUCACUGGAUUCCCUACUCUUUUGUAUUAUGAAAAAGGCCAAUAUAAAUUCCCGUACAAUGGAGACAACAAAAAGCAGUCAAUUGUAGAUUUCAUGAGAGACCCGACUUCACAACUGCAACAAAAGAAACAGGAAACUGUUGAUGAGAGCUGGUCAAAAGAUUCUGAUGUCAUACAUUUAAAUGCGGAUAAUUUCGAAAGUGUAUUAUCAAAAGCGGACCACGCAUUAGUAGUGUUUUACGCGCCUUGGUGCGGUCAUUGCAAACGUAUAAAGCCGGAAUUCGAAAAGGCGGCGACUAAAAUUAAGGCUGAAAAGAUUAACGGUAUACUAGCAGCUGUGGAUGCAACAAAAGAACCAGAUUUGGCUUCGCAAUACGGCGUGAAGGGAUAUCCCACGUUGAAAUAUUUUAGCAAAGGCGAAUACAAGUUUGACGCCGGCCAUGCCAGACAGGAAGCACAGAUUAUUAGUUUUAUUAAGGACCCACAAGAGCCGCCACCGCCGCCGCCGCCGGAGAAGCCCUGGGCCGAGGAGGAGUCGGCCGUGCGCCACCUCGACGCCGCGACCUUCCGGAACACCCUCCGCAAGAUCAAGCAUGCACUCGUCAUGUUCUAUGCUCCCUGGUGCGGACACUGCAAAAGUACAAAACCAGAGUUCGUGAAGGCAGCGGAACAGUUCGCCGAUGAACUAAUGGUAGCUUUUGGCGCGGUGGAUUGCACAGCGCACCAGGAUCUAUGCGCCAACUACGACGUAAAGGGCUACCCCACUAUUAAGUACUUCAGCUACUUUGAUAAGGCGGUCAAAGAUUAUUCAGGAGGGCGUAAGGAAUCCGACUUCGUAUCGUUCAUCCACAGCCAAGGUGACCAGCACCAAACCAAGCAAGCGGCCAAGUCAAGUACGGAAGCCGGAUUUGGAGUAAAUGUGGUUUUAUCAACUGACGCCGAUUUCGAACAAAUUAUAGCUUCCGACAAGCCCACGUUCGUCAUGUUCUAUGCUACGUGGUGCGGCCAUUGCGUGACGGCGAAACCAGCAUUCAGCAAACUAGCUUCUACCCUCAAAACUGAGAACGCCCCGGUCGCUGCGAUUGCGGUCGAAGCCUCGGAGAAUCCCAAGGUCGCCGAUAUAGCCGGCGUCGAGACUCUGCCUACCUUCAAAAUAUUCUCCAAGGGCAAGAUCUUAGCGGACUACACCGGCGACAGAUCUUAUGAGGACAUGCUUACGUUCUGCAAGCAACAUGCGAAGGUUAAAGAUGAGUUGUGAUGUUCUUGGUAGAUUGUUAUUGUAUCGACUCCCUCCUGGCGUUAGUCCCGGUUUGUUAAACCUGGUGAGGUUUCUCUGGAGAGGAGCCCGAGGUACGCCUUUUAACAAAGAUCGAAACUAUCAUCAAUGUGGUUAUUUUUCUUCUCUUUUCAUCACAUCUUAUUUUGUAUGUUAACAUGCAAUUAGUUUAUGGUCCAUUUAGUUUUUCGAUUUAAUAUAGUUUUUUUAUCAUAUUUUAGUGGUUCAUUAUGUAUGAUAAAUUUAGUCCUAUGUAAUUUUGUGCAUUGACAAUAUUUUUCAAUCAAGCAAUUAUUUGUAAAUUUUAGUCGCUUCUUAAAAUAUAAUUUUAAUAAUUUGGAAACAAUAAUUUGCAAUCAAUUUUAUUCUUACAAUUAGUUCCUAAUUAAGACGUUACAAUAAUUCUACCUAUGUUUAUGUAAAAAUGAUAAUUAUAUUUUUAUUUUUAUACACAAUUAUGUAGUAAGUAUAUCUAGUUAAAAUAUAUUUGAUCUCUUUUAAAUAUUUAUGACAAUAUACAUUAGGAUAUUAUUAUAACUGUUGAAAUUUUUUGAACGAAAUUUGAUAAAUUUGCCUACCCUAUAAUGUCAGCACCAAGUUAUUCAAUUUAGCAAUGAAUGAUGCAAAAACAGCUUGUACAAUUUAUUUUUUUUAUUUUGGUCACAGAAAUAAUAUUAAUAAAUUCCGUAAGGGCACGCUGCAUCAAACUAUUUGUAAGUAAGCGGGUUCACACAACGAGCAGUCAUACGCCUAGUAGUUUAGUUGGUUCGGAUUCACCUAUUGCAAUUUGAAAUACCUAAUGCAGAAUCAGAGUUAUAUGAAAAGAAAGAGGACAUGUCGACUGGUUUAUACGUAUCAUAAAUGUUUAAGUUAUAAAAUUAAUUGACAUUAUUGGAACUCUAAUGAACUAUUUAUCACAAUAUUCUGUAAUCAAAUAGCGUAUUUUAGGAGUAUAGGUAAUGUCUAAACAAAACAGACAAAAAGGACCUAGUGUACAACUUGAAUACAAAAAAUGCCUUCAAAAUCGCGUAAAUUCAAUUAAACAAAUAUUCUAACCCGUCUGCCUUAUUAAAAAUAUAGUUUUUGCUUAAAAUAUUGUAAUUUUCAAAGGCUUAUAUUAAACACAUUGCGAUAUCUAUAUUGCAUCUUAAAAUAUUCUUAUAGCCUAUAGGAGAGCCUUGAAUUUAACAAAAUAAUAUAAGGAUAUGUAUACAAUUACAAAGAUAUAGUAUGCCUUCCCAAAUAAAUUGUAAUUAAGCUUCUAUCGCCUACAGACAUAGAACCUUGUGUUGUAGCUCCCUCUUAAGUACAUUAAUAAACAUAUUUAAAAGUAAACAAGUAAAAAUUCUGUAAACAAUAUAAUUUGCAAAGUAGACAUAUCUAUCUUGAUAUUACUAAUUAGUGGAUCUAAAUUGUUGUACUGUAUUUGUUAAUUAUAUCUGUAGAAAUAAUUUACAUUAUUGUUUUAGUGUGGUUUAACAACUAUGUUUAGCCUACGUUAGGUCUGAUUAACAAAAGUAAUAUGGAGAAAUUAUCAAAACUUUAUCGUUACUUAUUUAAUCAUUCCGUGAUUUUUUUUAUUUUAGUCAUUUUGAUAAUUGUCGAUUAAAACUUGUUUCUUUAAAAUUGAUCAUAGAAAUCGGAAUAUUAAAAUACAAUAGAAACUUCUUACAUCGCACAUAUUGGUUUAUCUAUGGUGGUUUGUUAGUUAUUACCUGCGCCCUCACAUUCACUAGUACUUACCACUUCUUUAGUCUUAUAUUAUUCCGAAUUCUAUAGGGUGAUUCAAUUAUUACAGAAAAAUCGAUAUAAUCAUCUUCAAUUACAAGGGUUAAUCUUUGCAUUUCUCUAAUCUAUACUUGUUUAGUGAAUCCAUGUAAUGCGAACGCUUUACUAGUACGUAAUGAGAUAAUUAUCUAUAUUAUAUUUAAUAUACAUGUACAAUUUUACUGUUGUAUGGUAGACAUUGAGCAUUUUCAUAGCUGAUGUACUUAAUAAACGUGUUUUUACAGUGAAUCUGCUUCGGAACAGGAAAUGCGACGAUUGUGCAGUUUCUAAAGGACCUUGUAUAUAGGUACCGACUGAUCUAUGUACAACUAUUCAAUUAUAUAUACUGUAUUGUUAUUGCAUUUAAUUAAAAUGAUAUAUUAUGUGAGACUUCUUUACAAAUGUUAACACCUUUCUGUAAUUUUAUAGUUGAUAAUAUUAACUCAUAACCUCUGUAUGUAUGUUAAGAAAUAUUUUAAUAUUUACAUUGAUAAACUUAUGUUACUUAUCAUGAAAUAUUUAUUUUGUAUUCCUCUCUGUAGUUUAAAUGUAGAUAAAUUUCUGUAUUCCAGAAUCAAAACUAACUUCAUAAGUACUUUUGGUAGUUUUAAGCUAUCCCUGAAGAUUUGAUUAAAUUUUGUUUCUUUUUUAUCCACAGUUUACUAUAAUCUAGCUUUUGUCCUUGAAAUGUUUACAUGGGUAUAGCUCCGGGCGGAAGCCAUUAUGUUUAAAAUGUCUCAUUAGUUAUUGCUUUGUAGAUUUAUAAUAUCUUAUUCUUUUUUAAUUAAUGAUAAUUAUUAGGUUUUAAAGUACAUUAUUGCAUGGACAAUAACGUCGUUGUAUCAUUGAAAUUAUGUGUGUCUCAUUAUCUAGGGCUUCGCACAGCGAUAUAAAACGAAAUCUAUUAUAGUUUGUGUCGUCUCGUAUUACGAAAGAUUUGUAGGUACUCAUUAAAGUAACGAAAUUCGGCGCAUGAGAUUGUGGUAACAAUAAUACCUUUGUAUGCUUUAUGUAGACAAGAGGCAGUCACAUUAUGAAUUCAUUCACAUUUUAAUUUUCUAUUUUUCGUCUUUCUUUAGUACCAAAUUUUAUUUUUUCGUCUAUGUGAAUAUAUUUCCACUCGGCACUUCUUUCUUAUAUGAAAACUUUUCAGGCGAAUCUCGGUAGUUGUUACAAUCAUACACAGUAAAUUUUUAACGCCCUAUGCAAUAAGAGGGGUGUUAUAAGUUUGACGUGUCUGUCUGUCUGUGUCAUCUUAGCUCACAAACGGAUGAAGCUAUUUCAAUUUAGUUUUUUGGGUUAUAUUUUACAAACCUUGUCAAUAAUUUAUUAAGAUGUCAGUUGUAAUUACAAUACACCAUUUCCAAUUUAAAUUUUAAUCAAACCGACUUUCUGUUAUCACUUCUAAAUUUAGCAUCUCAUCACUUAAUCUACCGUCUAUCAUAUAAUAUUAAGUUACUUUUCCAAUUUCAGAAAUCUGAGCUGUGAACAAGUUGUGCAGAGAUCAUUUUGUAUAAGUAAUAUUUUUAAAGUUCAUCGAUGUAAUCUGAAUGUAUGCAUGUUUGAUGUUAUUGCAUCUGAAACAAAUUGAUAUUUCAA